GCCGGGGCGGGGGUGGGCAGUGCUCAGGCGCCGCGCAGGGCCGCCCGCCGCCGGGCCGGUGUCAUUGCCGAAGGGGACGAUGUCUCACUGCAGCCGCGCCGCCGCCCGCCUGCUGGGCCGCUUCCUCCGCCUGCAACAGAAUGGCGUGCGACACUGCUCCUACACAGCAUCAAGGAAAAACCUGUAUGUUAACAAAAAUACAAAGGUUAUCUGUCAGGGUUUUACAGGCAAACAGGGCACCUUUCACAGCCAGCAGGCAUUGGACUAUGGCACCAAUCUAGUUGGAGGAAUUUCUCCAGGGAAAGGGGGGAAAACUCAUCUGGGUCUGCCUGUGUUUAACUCUGUCAAGGAGGCCAAAGAACAAACCGGUGCUUCUGCCACUGUUAUAUAUGUACCUCCUCCGUUUGCUGCUGCUGCGAUCAAUGAAGCAAUCGAUGCAGAAAUGCCCUUAGUUGUUUGCAUUACUGAAGGUAUUCCCCAGCAGGAUAUGGUUCGGGUUAAACACAGACUGCUUCGGCAGGGUAAGACUCGACUAGUGGGUCCCAACUGCCCUGGAGUCAUCAAUCCUGGAGAAUGUAAAAUUGGUAUCAUGCCUGGUCACAUUCACAAGAAGGGAAGAAUUGGUAUUGUGUCAAGAUCUGGAACCCUGACAUACGAAGCUGUUCAUCAGACAACGCAAGUUGGAUUGGGGCAGUCCUUUUGUGUUGGGAUUGGAGGUGAUCCCUUCAAUGGAACUAAUUUUAUUGACUGCCUUGAUGUCUUCCUGAAGGAUCCUCAUACUGAGGGGAUCAUAUUGAUUGGAGAAAUUGGAGGAAAUGCUGAAGAAGAUGCAGCAGCAUUUUUGAGAGAAAAUAACUCUGGUCCAAAUGCCAAGCCUGUAGUGUCAUUCAUAGCUGGUCUGACUGCUCCUCCAGGCAGACGGAUGGGUCAUGCUGGAGCAAUCAUUGCUGGAGGAAAGGGUGGAGCUAAAGAGAAGAUAGCAGCUCUUCAGAGUGCUGGUGUUGUUGUCAGCAUGUCUCCUGCUCAGCUAGGUAGCACCAUCUACAAGGAGUUUGAGAAAAGGAAAUUGCUGUAAGAGAAGACACUUUGGAAUACCGUCUCCAAGACAUCAGUGCAGCACCUGGCUUCCGCUUACCUUUUGUCUGCUAAUCUUCAGUUGCCCAAAGGACUGACACUGGUCUAUGAAUUUGACUUGGAAGCCAUAAACCUCCUGGCUAAACCUAUUUUGGUGUCUCCUUGGUUUCAGACAUUAUCACCUCGUUGUAAAUCCCAGCAAAUUAAUAAAUCUACUACUAAAUCUGAUUCAUCUGUUGAAUUCCUGAAGCAGAGCCAGUUCUUCCAUCAGCAUAAAUACUCUUUUGUAACCUAAGCACUGCCCGUUUUUAAGGUAAAGUCACCUCUAGCAAUGCUUUUAAGGAUCAAGGCACUGACUUUAUGCAAGUAUCACACUUGGCUUUAUUUUUACGAAAUCCAGUCUUACCUGUUUGUUGCUGGUAGGUAAUUGUGUUUGUUUGAACACUAGGCCAAAGUUUCCGUCCAUUAAACCAAAGCUGCUGGAUCUGAAGGGGUUGCUUGUUGAUCCAUGUAGCUGGAUAUGCCUGUAGUCCAGACUUUCAAGGCUGAUAAGCCAUGCACAGUGUAGUCCUCUACUGGCAAGGAAUUCUGUUUAUUGUGUGGAGAGAUGGAAUUUUUAUUCCCCAAAAUGAAUCUCAUUUCCCUUGCAAAUAUAUAUUUACAGUUGUCUGUAAUGAUGAAAAGGAUUUGGUCUUUAGAUUACAUUACUUACAGUUCCUCUUUAACUAGGAUUGCAUUGCUUGUGUGUUCUGAAAUCCUAAUAACAUUGGGACAUUAUGGAAGAGAAUUACUAUUCUCUGGAAGCAAAUGUGAUAAGGUAACUUUCUUGUUAACCACUCCCAGCACUGUAAUGGAAAGCCCUUUUUUUUACUGUGGAAAUAACCCAAGCACUGUGUCUAUAAAUGAGUGUUCCACGUUUUAUCAAGAUGGACUAAAGCUGGGAUUGCUUUCUUUAUAUAGAGGACUGAAAGUUCAUGUAACCUGGCACUUGUCUAAAGCUAACCUUGUGUUCCAUAAAGGUGCUGUUAUGAAAA